AUGUUUAUUCUUUAUGGAAUGAAAGCAUAAAUUAAAAUAAUUAAUAGUUAUAUUAUAACAGUUAUUGCGAUAAGAUAAUAUGAAUAAGCUAUUGCAAUUACUGAAUAAUGUAUAAUAAAUUUCCCCAAAAAAAGGUUAUUUUUAUUUUAUAAAAUGUAUUUAUAUUAUUAAUUAUUAAAGGUUUUGUGUUAACAUAACAUAACAUAUCAUAACAAUAAUAGAUGUAAUUAUAUAUACUUAAAAAAAAUAUAAUAAGGCAUUAGAUUGUUAUGAUUAAUCGAUUUCACUAGAUCAAAAUAAUAUUAUUGCCUAUAAUAACAAAGGUAAUAUUUCAAUAAUAAAAUUUUAGGGAUUGGGGCUUUCAAAAAUAUAAAAAGAUUUUGA